GUUAAGCACAUUUGUAAAGGGUUAAAAGUUGCAGUCCAAAAUGGUUUGGAUGACUGCUGGUGUCUGCCUUGUAGCAGCAUAGAUCUUCUGACAUCUAUACAAGCUAAACAGGACUAUAUGCCAGCAAAUUGUACAAUCCUCCUAUUGAUUCAGCUCACUCAUUUGAUUGGCUAUCAAUAGUUGGCAUGUUCUCUUUUACUUAAAUUCAAUUUUUUUAUAUACAUUUUUAUACAAAAUUAACAACAAAUGAGUAUUUUUUUAAGGAGAUUUAUUAAAGCAAGAGAUGGUGACAUACAGCAAAACUUAUAAGCAUAUUAUUUUCUACAUAUACUGCUUUUUGUUUUAUCAUUAGGGGAGAUCAGGACAAAUAAAACAGGCUAAAUAUGAUCAACAACUAUGGCUCAGGUCAAUGGCCAUGAUCAUAGUAGAUGGGAAUCUCACAACAAGAUGAUGCUGGAACCUCUGAGCUCAAAUGAUCUUGAGGUAUUUGACAUUAUAAAGAAGGAGAAGAAAAGGCAGACUUAUGGAUUAGAGCUCAUUGCCUCUGAGAACUUCACUAGUCGAGCAGUUUUGGAAGCUCUGGGCUCCUGCAUGAAUAACAAGUACUCUGAGGGCUAUCCUGGACAGAGGUAUUACGGAGGCACGGAGCAUGUGGACGAAUUAGAGCGUUUGUGUCAGGAAAGAGCUUUGAAGGUUUAUGGGCUUGACCCAGAGAAAUGGGGAGUGAAUGUUCAACCGUAUUCUGGGUCACCUGCAAACUUUGCUGUGUACACAGCCAUAGUGGAACCUCAUGGACGGAUCAUGGGCCUUGAUCUGCCUGAUGGCGGCCAUCUCACCCACGGCUUCAUGACUGACAAAAAGAAAAUCUCAGCCACUUCCAUUUUCUUUGAGUCUAUGCCUUAUAAGGUCAACCCAGAAUCUGGAUAUAUUGAUUAUGACAGACUUGAGGAAAAUGCUCGCCUCUUCCACCCCAGACUUAUCAUUGCAGGCACCAGCUGCUAUUCCCGUAAUCUGGACUACAGUCGCCUGCGGAAGAUAGCCAGUGAGAAUGGGGCCUAUCUUCUGGCAGAUAUGGCUCACAUUAGUGGUCUGGUUGCAGCAGGAGUGGUUCCUUCUCCAUUUGAAUACUGUGAUAUUGUUUCCACCACUACCCACAAGACCCUCAGGGGCUGCAGAGCAGGAGUCAUUUUCUUCAGAAAAGGAGUUCGCAGUGUUGAUGCAAAAGGGAAGGAGACCCUGUAUAACCUUGAGAGUCUGAUUAACCAGGCAGUGUUUCCUGGACUUCAAGGUGGCCCUCACAACCAUGCCAUUGCAGGAGUUGCUGUUGCUUUGAAGCAGGCUCUGACUCCAGAGUUUAAGACCUAUCAAAUGCAAGUUCUGGCAAAUUGCAAGGCUUUAGCAUCCACCCUUAUGGAAAAGGGCUAUAAGAUUGUUACAGGUGGCUCUGAUAAUCAUCUCAUCUUGGUUGAUCUGCGUCCAAAUGGAAGUGAUGGAGGGAGGGCAGAGAAAGUGUUGGAGGCUUGUGCCAUUGCCUGCAACAAGAAUACCUGUCCAGGUGAUAAAAGUGCCUUGCGUCCCAGCGGCCUUCGUUUAGGGUCUCCGGCUCUUACAUCACGAGGGCUUUUGGAGGAUGAUUUCCACAAGGUUGGCGAGUUCAUUCAUCAGGGCAUUGAGUUGACAUUGGCGAUCCAAAGAAACAUGAAUCCUAAAGCAACUUUGAAAGAGUUUAAGGAUGAACUGGCUCAAAAUGAGAAGUAUCAACUGAAACUCAAAGAAAUCCGAGAGGAGGUGGAAGCCUUUGCUGGAAAAUUCCCCAUGCCGGGGUUGCCAGAAUUAUAAACCUUUUUAGUCUUCCAGAAAUAUUUAUUUUCAUUUGAUGGGCACUGAGGUUUAAAUGCAGUAGAACAGUCUGUUCCUAUUACCAUGCACCUUGAUGUGAUGAUUUCCAUCAUUCAAAUGAACUGUCUGUCUUGGAUAUAACCAAUGAUAACUCUCACUUUUGUUCUUUACCUGUUUUCUGUGGUUACACUCUAACCACUUUAUUGUGAUUAACCUGCUCUUUCUGUGAAAAGUGAAUUGAACACUGAAAUGCUUACCAGAUAAGACCAACAGAAAAAUAUCAAACUGCAACAAUGCAUUAAAGUGCAUUAAAUACUGUAAAUGUGAAUAGAUUGAGGACAUUUUUCUUGAAAACUGAGUGGAAUACUAUUUACUGUAAUAAGUUACAUUUUCAGAACAAGAAAGUGCCUUUGAACUAUAUAAUACAUUAAAGUAUGCUCUUGGUGAAGACAAUAGGUCACUAAUUGUGUUGCAAGUUAAAAGCACCACACAGCAUUUUAUUAAAUAAUUUAAUAAAACUGAAGGCAGAGUAAUUUCACAGUGGGUAGCAACUCAAAGCACACAGAUGACCCCCACAAUUUACUGCACUUACAAUUCAUAAAUAUUUUAGCAUGAAGAUUACACCUCACCUUACCCCAAACAAGCUCACAAUACUGUCUUAGAAUAGAUUUGUGUAAGGUAGCAACAAAAGUGUAUGAUUAAGACACAAAAAUGCAGCAAAAAAAAAUAAAAGUGUUGAAAACAAUAAAAAAAGAAAAUAACCUUCUUAGAAGAUAUUGUGUGUAUAGGUAUGGCUUUUUCUCAAUUUACAUUCAACAGACCAUGCACUGAAAUGCAAUUAUCGGUCACUGACUAAUCUUUACAAAGGCCAAUAAUUACUAACUAAAGCAGCUCGAUUUUAAGACACACUUGUGAUGAAACAGACACAGGUGGCCAUUAAAAGAUCUGUAACUUUGGACUACUGUUUAUGCAGUAGUAGGAAUAACAAUUACACUCCAUGUAUUUGGGCAACAGCCACCAUUUAUGAGUCUUUAUUUCACAGUCACUGCAACUGCCUUAAGAAUGAAGUGCCAUUUCAUCCAAACAGAUACUCAUGCUGACAUUGCUUACAACAAUUUAUUAGUUUUAAAUAUCCAAGAAUGAUACAACAUGUGAAAAACAAUGGAAGUGUCCAUAAAUGCCACCAUUAAAUCUUUGUAUUCUCCAAACAUGCAGACAGUUGUGUAACAGAUCUCUACGAUGUGACGUUUUUACAUGCAUUACAUUCUUUCACCUUACCACAUAAAUGCAUUAAAACACAGAGGGCAGAUGAUAAUUCAUUUUUGUUUAAAAUCUCAAACUCUUGUGAACCAUUAUUUAUAUAUGUAAUUAACCAUGGUCUUUGUAUUAUAAAAUAAAUCUUACCUCAGAUAUAUAUUUCCAGUAAAAAGGAUGGAAAAAGAAGAAAGCUCAGAAUGACUUGCAGGUUUUCCCUGUAUUAAUUAAUUUAGUUCAAUUAUUUCACAAGCCUAGAAUGCAAGUAUAAAAAGGCCAACAUCAUUGACCAAUCCAUCUAUUAACAUCAAAUUGUUGAUAAUUUAAACACAUAGAAAAUGACCUAAUUCUAAUAGCAGUUUAAUAAAGGCUAAUGGGCAAAUGUAAAUGGAAGCAUAUUGAGAUGUAUUACAAAAUACCGUUCUGUUGAUGCAAUUAGUUCCAUUUUAAAUUUGCUUAUGAUUUUCAUGCAGCAACAUUGCAUCUCUUAUGAAGGCAUAAGAAGAGCAUUGUUAAUAAUUAAACAGGCUACAAGGAUCAGAUUAAUUAAUUCAUGAUUAGUGACUCUCCUCCAGCUGUUGUUCCUGUGCAUACAAAUAGAAAAUAGGUGACUGAGGUCAACAUUCUGAUGAAUCUCAUUUUGCAUUCAUUGGAAGAAACUUGUAUGGGUUUGGAACAACAUAAAGGUGAUUAUAUGAUGACAAAGUAUCAUAUGUAUUUAAACGAUGCAAAAUAAAAAUGUUUUGUAUGCCCUCA